AUGGUUGAGAAAAUUGAAGGUAGGAAAAAGUCUUCAGAGCGACGUGAAGGAGAAGCUGAUAAGGAUGAAGAGUGUGAAGAGGCAUUUAUCAAGCUAAAGGAGCACUUGGGGAAGCCACCCCUGUUCGUAAAACCUGAAAAAGGUGAAAAGCUAUACUUAUACCUGGCAGUGUCCGAACAUGCCGUAAGCGCGGCUUUGGUUAAAAGGGAGAAGAAGCGUCAACAACCCGUGUACUAUAUCAGCAAGCGGUUGGUGGACGUGGAGAAUCGAUACCCUAAGAUUGAAAAUUUGGCAUAUGCAUUAGUGGUGGCUUCAAGGAAGUUGAGACCCUACUUCCAUGCCCAUGCAAUCAAAGUUCUCACUGAUAGUCCUCUGAGACAGGUCUUGCAUAAACUUGAUACCUCAGGAAGACUAAUGAAAUGGUCGAUCGAGUUGAGUCAAUUCGAUAUCGUUUAUACCCUGAGAACUUCCAUCAAUGGACAAGUGCUUGCAGACUUCAUAGUGGAGUUCACUAGUCUACUGAAUGAAGGAAGAAGUGAAGAAGAGGGACAAUCGGUCGCAGAAAGAGAGCCAAGGAGUUCUGAGGAAUGGAGCCUGCACGUGAAAGGGGAGUACCAAGCGAGGGGACCCAAGAUGGCUGCAUACUUGGAAAGGGUAAGAGGCUAUUUGGAGCAGUUGGUGGAAUAUAGCCUAGAGCGAAUCACGAGAGAGAGGAAUACCCAUGUUGAUGCCCUCGCAAAGCUAGCUUCCACUAAAGAUGGGGAUACCCUCAAAUCAGUGCCUGUAGAAUACUUACCAAGGCCAAGCAUUGUCAAUCCAGACGUUCACAUGGCCAGUGUCCCAAAGGAUUCAUGGGCCAGCCCGAUUAUAGAUUACCUGAAGGAAGGAGUGGUGCCAACAGACAAGAGGGAUGCUCGGAUGCUAGUUUAUAAGGCAGCCCUAUACACCUUGGUAGAUGGGAUCUUAUACAAGAUGGGGUUUUCUGUGCCACUCUUGCGAUGUGUUGAUGAGGAAGAAGCUGUGAAGGUACUAUAUGAAAUACAUGAGGGCAAAUGUGGCAACCAUGCGAGUGGACCAUCCACGGCUCGAAAAGCCAUGAGGCAAGGGUACUACUGGCCUUCCGUGGAGAGAGAUGCAAAUGAUUUCACAAGGAAAUGUGACAAAUGCCAAAAGGCAUGCGAACUACUCCCGAAAACCCCCGAAUGGAUUGACCAGCAUGACCAGCCCUUGGCCCUUUUCUGUCUGGGGAAUAGACCUGAUUGGCGCCCUUCCCCCAGGAAGAGGUGGUGCGAAGUACGCGGUGGUAGCCGUAGAUUACUUCACCAAGUGGGUCGAAGCAGAACCUCUAGUGAAGAUAACGUCCAAGCAUAUCACCACCUUUGUGAAUAA